AUGUCAUCGUCCGAAGGCCCGCUCUUCAGCUCCGAGCUCAUCUCGCCCGAAGUCCUCAAAGCACUCCCAGAAGGCUACAGCUGCCGACCGCUCGAGAGGAAAGACUACCACAAUGGCUUCCUAGAUGUACUGAGGGUACUCACCACAGUGGGAGACAUAACCGAAGAGCAAUGGAACAAGCGCUACGACUGGAUGUCCGCCCGCAACGACGAAUACUUCCUCCUCUGCAUCACCGACUCGUCCAACGCCAUCGUCGGCACCGGCGCCCUCAUCGUCGAACGCAAAUUCAUCCACCAGCUCGGCCUCGUAGGACACAUUGAGGACAUUGCUGUAGCCAAAGAUCAGCAGGGCAAGAAGCUGGGUCUGAGGAUCAUCCAGGCGCUGGACUUUGUUGCGGAGAAGGUGGGCUGCUACAAGACUAUUUUGGAUUGCUCAGAGGCGAAUGAGGGAUUCUAUGUUAAGUGUGGGUUUAAGAGGGCGGGGUUGGAGAUGGCGCAUUAUUAUGGGCGGUAG